AUGGCCGCGACACCGGCAAAGGUGAAGAAGCUGGCGGACCAGCUGAUUACCUGCAUCACCGGCCUGACGCCCGAGGAAGAUCCCGCCAACUUUGGCCUCUGCCGUGAAUUCGCCCUCCGCAGCUUCAAGGGCUACAAGUUCGGGCGCACAAACCAGUUUGACGUAAACUCCAAGCUCUCCGGUCUCGAAGAGAAAUUGCGAAUCUACAACCGCGACGACAUCGCCGACGCCCUACGGUCCCGCCUCAAUGAGCUCCCCGUCUCGACCUUCACGCCCGAGCUACUCUCGCUCUUCCUCACGCUCUCCGACCGGCCGCUGGAGAACGCACACCUGGAUGAUCUGGAUGCGCUGAUCCGGCAUGACCAGGGGCCAAAGGGGCUGACGUGGGCGGACAUCAUCGCGGAGGAGCCCUUGGAGGGGGAGAUCUGGAAGGAUGUGGAUUUUGGCGCGGAGAGCAGCGAUGAGUGGUCGGAGGAGGGGGAGGAUGAUGUGGAGGGGUUGGAGGCGCUCAAGAAGGCGCAGUAUUGGGAUGUGAAGCACAGGGUGAGGCCAAUAGAAGAGGAGAUUGACGUUUCGUUGGGCGCUGGUGGAGUGGAAAACAUAUCAAUCAUCUCCGAAGUCCAGGCUGUCCGUGAAGUCCUCUUCAUGCUCCUCGGCCACCCGUGCGUCCUCUUCCAAAGCCUCAAUGGCAUAGUCUCAGUCGAGACUCCCGCGCUGUCUACGCAGUUUGCACUCCGGCAUACGUCCUUACUCGCCUUCAAAGCACUUCUCAACUGGUAUGGCGAGAAGGGCACACAUCUCAAUCGCAUCCGCUACUUUACAUCAAUCCGCAACAUCCACGUUUCACCAGAACAACAAACCUUCACUUCCGCUGUCACCGAGAAGCUCUUCCUCCUCGACCAGCGCCUCAUCGAGAUCGAGCAACGCUUCGUCGGAAAUGCCACCACCAACCAGAUCGCCUCCCUCCUCUCCCUCCAGUCCGAGCUCGAACCUCUCCUCCACCCCUACAUCCUCCUCUCCAACAUAAUAGGCGCCAUAACCAACCCCCGCACGCCCAUCCCGCAAACCACCCUCGCCACCCUCCACCUCGAGCACCUCUUCACCUCCGCCUGCACCCUCCAAUCCACCGGCGACCACCAAACCUUCACCUUCAUGACCUCCCUCUUCUUCACCAGCCUACAGACCUACCUCCGCCCCAUCCGCGCCUGGAUGGAGCGCGGCGAGCUCCGCCCCUCCGAGAUCUUCCUCGUCUCACAGACCCUCACGCCCGACCAAGUCGAGCCCGGCGGGCUCUGGCACGACCAAUUCGCCCUCCGCACCGACCCGGCCACGGGCGCCCUACAGGCGCCCCGCUUCGUCCACGCCGCCGCAGCCCGCAUCUUCAUCACCGGCAAGAGCGUCGUGUUCCUGCAGCGCCUGGCCGAGCACCACCUACCGACCGCCAUGCUCUCCACCGACGCCGCCAACGCCGCGCAGGACGCAGAGCUCACCGUACCCGACAGCGGUGGCGGCAGCGACUCGCUCGCGCCGUUCCAGGACACGUUCGCGGCGGCGUUCUCGGCGUGGAUCGGCGCGCGGCACCACAGCGUGUCGUCGCGGCUGCGCGACAUCCUGUACCGCGACUGCGGGCUGUGGCGGAGCCUGGAUGCGCUGGACUGCGUGUAUCUGUGCCGCGACGGGCACCGGUUCGAUGUGCUGGCCGGGGCCGUGUUUGAGAAGAUUGAUAAGGGCGUGGAGAACUGGGGGGACCGGUUCUUGCUGACGGAGAUGGUGCAGGGCGUGUUUGCGGGGGUGGGGUGUGUGGAGGGGGGCAGGCUGAGGAUGAGGGGGAGGAUGCAGGCGGGAGUGACGGUGAGGGAGGGGAGGAAGAGCGUGAAGAUGUUGAAGGGGGUGGAGGUGGACUAUGCGCUGCCAUGGCCAAUCAUGAACGUCAUCAACAAGCAAGCCCUCGAAGCCUACAAAUCCGUCUUCACCCUCCUGCUACAAAUCCGGCGGGCCCAACACGCACUCAAGCGCCUCACCACCCUCAAGAUCCUCACCACCCUCAAGCGCGGCUCCGGCGAAGGCGCACUCUACUACUCGCUCAAGCACCGCCUCCUCUGGUUCACCAACACCCUCUACUACUACCUCACGGACCUCGUGCUCCUCCCACAGACGGCACAGAUGCGCGCAAAGAUGGCCAAAGCCCUCGACGUCGACGGAAUGGUCGGCGUGCAUGCGGAGUUCGUAAACAGGAUCAGGGAGCAGUGUCUUUUGGGGCCGAAGCUGGCACCAAUCCACCAGACCAUCAUCACGCUACUGGACCUCUCGCUCGCCUUCGCCGACGCGCAGACCUCCCGCGCCGCGCGGCUGCUUUCGCACUCCAGCGAGGACCUGUCCAUGCACGACAUCCCCCCUCCGCGGCGGCGCCCCGGCCCUGCCACCUCCUCUUCCUCUUCCGACGACGACGACGACGACGGCGAGGGAGAAGGGGAAGGGGAGGAGGAUGAUGGUGAUGGUGAUGGUGAUGGUGAUGAGACGAGCCACCAGGACGAGGGGGGCAUAAGCGGCGCAUGGUGGCGGCGAGCGUGCGGUUUAAUGCGAUGCUGGACUUUGUGA